UGGCCUUGUCUUGACCGUGGUAACUAAUCCAAGCGGCUGAGACGAGCGCAGCAGUAGGUCGCGACGUCCAGGACUGAGCCGAGGUUUGCGAGCGGGACCGGGACAGACACGCGGAGGCUGCGCUGCUUGCAGGACUUCCGCCCACAGGACCUCCCGGCUGCGCUUUCAUUUCUUUCCCCGGCGCGACAAGUGGCUCUUUGGGACUCGGAGGGAUUCGUGGAGACUGUUUACCGAGCGAGCUUCCAGUUCCCGAGUCGAUCACCUCGGCAUGGCUUCAACGACCUGCACCAGGUUUACCGACGAGUACCAGCUGUACGAGGAGCUGGGGAAGGGGGCCUUCUCUGUGGUGAGGCGGUGCAUGAAGAUCUCCACGGGGCAGGAGUAUGCUGCAAAGAUAAUCAACACCAAGAAGUUGUCUGCUAGAG